AUGAAUUUUAACAUUUUACGUGUUCAAUUCACAAAUUCAAUACGAACAGUCGGAAUUCGACGUUUUCCUUUAUUCCAAAACAAAUCCAUUUUAAUAAUAAGGAAACCUUUUGUAACGACUAGUACUAAAUUAAAUCCAAGUUUAUCGAAUAAAAAUCAUACCGAAAAAUCUUUUUUAUAUAAAAGAGAAUAUAAUACAACCAGUACAGUUAAUACAACUCCCUCACGUAGGAGUAAUACAGGGUCUAAAAGUAUAGUUGAAAAGAAAAAGGCUAGAGAAUGGAGUGAAAUGACUAUAGGACAAAAGGUUGCUGGUGCAGCUAAAGUUACAACAAACAUCAGUGUAAUAGCGAUAGGAAUUGGAAUUUUUGGAGUAGUCAUAUAUUUUAUUAUAAAGGAAUUAUUUAGUUCAUCAGGUUCAUCUAGAGUAUUUAAUGAGACUUUAGAGAAAAUUCGAUCAAAUUCUGAGUGCCAAAAAAUUUUAGGUAUGCCAAUAAAAGGUCACGGAGCUCCGAGUUCAAGAAGAAGACGACGUAAUCGUUUGAUUCGAUUUCAAGAAGUAAUUAAUACUGAUGGUACACCACAUAAAUUCAUGCAAAUUUACCUUUAUGGUCCUAUAACACAUGGUAUAGCUUUGCUUGAUAUGAUUAAGAAUGAUAAAGGAAUUUGGGUUAUUAAAUAUUUGGUUGUUACCAUACCAGAAUAUGGUAAAAAAAUUUUUGUGGAAUAUAAUGAAGACGUAAAUAAGAUGAUAGAUGAAUCAGAAAACAAAUAA